AUGUCCGAGUACGAUCUACAGUUUGAAGCGGACCUAGAAAAGGCCCAAGCUCUCAGCUUAGAAAGUUUGGCAUUGGAGCAAUUUCGAAGACAGAAACAGCUAUCUAAUUCAGAUAAUGUUCGGGAAACGGUCAGCAGUAUUCGUAGGAGAGAGGAAACGGACGGUGCUCCGCCAGCGUUGCCUCCCCCACCAAGAAAACCUCCAAGGAAAACAUCCACAUCAGAAAACUCAAGGUCAUCAGGUACAAGUCCGACAAGGAAUGCGAGUAGUGAUCUAAUAUCGUUUGCAAGUCCUACAGCGAAGUCACCACCAAAUAACUCUCAUGCCUCACUCAAAGAGUAUCUUGAUCAGCUUAGCAAAUUGGGCCAGCAAACCGAGGAGCUCACAAUAAAUGCUCCGGAACAAUCAACCACAAUGAACAAUCAGUAUAAUCACAGGCCGAGCUUUCCCUAUAAUGCUCAAUACACCUACCCACCUCCGUAUACACCAAUGCCCUACCCACCAUCCACACCAUACGGCAUGCCUGUACCCAUGGGGCAAAUAAACUACCCAUUUUACCCACUACCUGCCCAGCAUGAUCAGCCACCAACAUAUGUGGUUACAAACCCACCUAUAUAUCCACCAACAAUACCAUACAAUCAAACUAGAAUGGCCUCCCCAUCACCAUAUAUGCCACAAUUUCCCCACGGUCCACAAUACAAUUACAACACCACGAAUCUAAUAUCCCGAGCACCGAGACCAAAUCUCUACCCUCAGUUGAGUCAGAUGGCUAAUUAUCCACAGAUACAACAGAACGCACAACAUAAAACUGUUAAUAACAACAAUAGUGUUAAAAAGCCAGUUAAAAGUGAACCCUCAAAGGAUAGUGCUGAGAAUAAUACUGUCAAGUCUACUGAGUCCGAUGAGUCAAUGGCCGGUGGAGAUCCAAAUCUGAUAGACUUCGAUAGAUCCCAAGGUAGCGUAAGAGUGAGUGUUUUAGAGGCAUUCGACCCGCUACUAACAGAAAACGAUCACGAUAUAACAGUUCCAAGCGAUUCAAGCAGUGUGUAUGAAGACUAUGAUCCUCUUGACUUCUUGUAUGGAGAGACGGAAUUGCGAGAACCGGUGUACUCAACCGUGGACAGGAAAACGGCGCCCGGGCCUUCGCCCCACAAGAAACUACCGUCACCCACACUCAAUACCAGACAUACUACGAAUAAACUAUACGAUUGCAUCGUGAAAUCCAGAACAAGAUGCUACGACAGCGAACACGAAGCGUUCCUGAAAAUGGUUCUAGACGUCAGAAAAAGAUUCAUAUACACGGAUGUAAAGACGAACCCGGGUCACGUGGUAGCGGCUAGAUCCGGCGGGCGGUACCCACCGAACACUAGCAUUAAGAUUCUAGUCCACAACACACACACAGACGAACCGAUCACAUUCACGUCAGAUGUUGAGUCGACGGUGGAGCACGUUAUAUUGACUGUAGUGUGCUCGCUCGAUGAAGAUAUAAGAGAGGAUAUGUCCGGUUACAUGUUAAGGGUAUGGGGUGCCAAAGAGUAUUUGACUCCCGGUAGCGUUCUCAGUGAAUACGAUUAUAUACGGGAAUGCGUUCGUCUAGAGAAGGACGUAUCUCUAUGUCUGUGUGAGGGUAGAGAUGACUCUCUGGCCAGGAGUGAAAGAGACGACGCUAGAGACGCCCAUCUCACUCUAGACGACCUUAUACCUGUACAAGGAUCACAACACAUGUUGUCGUUUGACAACCUCUCUAUAUUACUCGAAACUCUAGAGGGUGAGUUAUCCCGCGCCGUGGGUGUCGUGGGUGCGGAGGGUGCGUGUUCACCCUCAGCCGUGUUCCAAGCCGUAAAGGCCAUAUGUGCUUUGGCCGGAGGAUUAGAGACGCUACACCUCACUUACACACUCAACGCAUUCGCUCAGGCUUGUACGGCGCAGCCUUCAAGCACGGUUCGUCCCGAGAUCCAGUCCGAGUCUGGUCCGUAUUGCGCGGUGUCCCUCCGCGCGGCGAGUCCCCGCGAGGCCCUUUCCCUGCAGUGCGCGAGGCUCCGGGACGCCGUGCGCGCGCUGCUCGCCCUAUACACGAGAGACACGCUGUUGGACUUCCGAUUGGCUGAUGGACAUGUUACUUCGGAUACUGACAAAGCGGUAUCCUCGCAGUCAGUAACAGAGACGAUGUUGUUCUGUAUCGAAGCGGUACACAGCUUGCCGUUAUGUUGGUCGCACGACGAGUAUCUGUUUCACGCUCAGAUAUACUACGGAACACGCCCGCUCAAGACGCUUCACGUGACGCAGGAGUCAAAGAUAGAGUGUGGGGGGUUCUAUCCUAGGAUUAUAUUCGAUACGUGGUUAAACCUAGAAGACACAACGAUCAGUUCGUUGCCUCGCGAGUCACGCCUGGUGUUGACGUUGUAUGGAAGGACACAGAAAAGUGAGGAUACAGGCACAGACCAGGCCGGGGAAACGGAUGUCAAGUAUGAACUGAACGAGCUCGGCUGGGCUGCUAUACAGCUGUUUGAUUAUGAUGGAGUGCUGUCUCACGGCCAAUACGUAUUGCCGCUGUGGCCUAUGUGUUGUGACCGUCGUAUGGGCCCGGCGCCGCCAUUACUACAUUCACCGCCUCCGCCAUAUCCGGUUGUAAAUAUUGAAAUCCCAAGUUACAAUAGAAAUGGCGUUAAAUGGUCGGACGGCGAUGAAAAUAAUAAGAAUACACAGUCUGAAGAUCUGCCCGCGUUUGACUCACUAGACGGACAUACACAACAACAGUUGUUACACUUGAUAGAACAAGGAGCAUAUCAAAGAAUGCCCACAGAGGGAAGAGAAAUAUUAUGGGAGAAACGUCAGUACCUCGUGCAGAUCCCGGGUGCUUUGCCCCUCGUGCUGCUAGCGGCCACCAGCUGGGCCGGGGAGCCCCGGGCUCAACUGGUUGCACUCCUAGAACGAUGGGAGAAACCUUCACCCACUAACGCUAUGCAUCUACUGCUACCCUGCUUUCCAGACGCAGCGGUACGUAAAUUAGCGGCAAAGUUAGCGAACGGAAUGACCGACGAUGAAUUAAUGAGAGUGUUGCCCCAACUAACACAGGCGCUACGAUAUGAGACUUACGAAGCUAGUCCAUUGGCAGAGUUAUUGUUAUCGAGAGCAUUGCGAGCGCCGGCUGUAGCUCAUAAGUUGUUUUGGCUUCUAGUCCAUUCAUUGCCAAACGUACCACAGGCUCCAAAUCAAGAAUUCCUAGGAAUAAAUCUAGAAGACGGCCCUUGUGAGUCGACUGAACCAGAUGCUUGUAUGACGUUCACGUGGAGAAGCAGGCUUAUGCUGAGGGCGCUGUUGGCCGUGUGUGGAGAAAAUAUGAAUAAGACGCUACUGAGACAAACGCUAUUAGUCAAGACCGUCGCGGACGUAGCGAUGUCAGUGAAAUGCGCUAAAGAGAAUCUUCGUCAGAGGGCCCUGUACGGUGGAGGGGAGAAGCUGGCGGCCGUGUUAAGACAAGAACCGGUCGCGCUGCCCUUCGCCUUACAUCGAUAUGUACACGAUAUAGACAUCAAAUCAUGUUCAUAUUUCUCGUCAAACACUCUACCACUAAAAAUCAACUUCAUUGGAGUAGAUAAUGCAGUAGUUCCUGCUAUGUUCAAGGUUGGUGAUGAUUUAAGACAGGAUUCUUUAGUGUUGCAAGUCAUAAAAGUUAUGGAUAGUCUGUGGCUUCAAGCGGGUUUGGAUUUAAGAAUGGUGACCUUCCAAGCUCUGCCUACUAGCAAUCAGAGAGGAAUGAUAGAGAUCGUGUCUGAGGCGGAAACCCUUCGAGCGAUACAGACGGAGUGGGGAUUGACUGGGUCGUUCAAAGACAAACCUAUAGCCGAGUGGCUCGCGAAACACAACCCUUCAGAACUUGAGUACCAACGGGCCAGGGAUAACUUUACAGCGUCGUGUGCCGGGUACAGCGUAGCCACAUAUCUACUGGGUAUAUGUGAUCGGCACAACGACAACAUAAUGCUCAAAACAUCCGGACAUCUCUUUCACAUAGACUUUGGCAAGUUCUUGGGUGACGCGCAGAUGUUUGGCAAUUUCAAAAGAGAUCGCGCUCCAUUCGUCCUAACUCACGACAUGGUGUACGUCAUCAACGGCGGUGAGCGACCCACACAGCGAUUCCAACACUUCGUAGAGUUGUGCUGCAUGGCCUUUAAUAUAGUGAGGGCGCAUCACGAUCAUAUAUUGGAUCUGUUCGCGCUGAUGGCGAUGUCCGGAGUUUCGGGUGUAUCUAGCGCGGCCGUGUGUUACGUACGAGCCGCGCUGUUGCCGGCCGCUACCAACGCAGAGGCAGCAGCGGCCUUCGCUAGGCUCAUACACUCAUCGCUCAAGAGCAAAUUCACUCCUAUAAACUUCUUUCUCCACAACUUGGCUCAGCUCCGUGCAAGCGGCGACCAGGGGAACAGCACGUCCGAACUGCUAUCCUUCAUGCCAAGGACAUACACUAUGGCCCAAGAAGGUCGGCUCGUCCGCGUAGAGUGUUUGAGCUACGAAAAGCGCUACGACCCAGAAAAGCACUACGUCUACGCGCUACGGGUCUACAGACAGGGACAGGCCACGCCCUCCGUGCUCUACAGAUCAUACAAACACUUCACAGAACUCUAUCAGAAGAUAUGUCUACACUUCCCCCUCGCGAAGGUCCACAGGUAUUAUGACGACUAA